CUCUCGCUGCACCGAGAGCGGCCCCGGGGCCCCGGCUGCUGUCAGCAGAGAGCCAGGGCCGGGCGUGAGGGAUGCAGCUCCCAGCCUCGGCCAGUUCAACCCAGUAUGGAGUUAACUGGCCUUCUCCCGGUGCUGGCCUGGCUGCAGAUCUUCCCCCGGCUGGUGUCAUCCGAGGGGACCGAGGAACCCAGUUCAUCACCUGACCCCCUGCGGCCCCCCACACUCUCUCUGGGCUCCCAGGACCCUGUGUAUUACCAGGGGGAGCGUGUUAGCCUCACCUGCUCAGCUCCCAGCGGCAAGGCAGUGACGGGAUACAGAUUCUACAGGAGAAGAGGGGACCAGACCCCGGAGGAGCUCCAAUCUCCCCCCAGAGCAUCCCGGCUGGAGCUCAGGGCCGAGACGGGGAACCAGGGACCCUACACCUGCCAGUACUGGAGAAAGGAGUCUGGGCAGAAGAUCCCAUCCAUGGAGAGUAACAAGGUCUAUAUAACGGUGCAGGCCCCCCUGGUAGCCCCCACACUCUCCCUGCACCCCCCACACCCGUUCUAUCUCCAUGGGGAGCGUGUGACCCUCAUGUGCUCAGCUCCAGGGGACAAGAGGCUGCAGGGAUACAGGUUCUACGGGGAACAGGAGAGGUUGAUCCAUGAAGAGGUCCCCGCCCCAGAUGGGGGUGCCAGGCUGGAGAUCGUGGCCGAGAUGGGGAAAGCCGGGGUGUAUACCUGUGCGUACUGGACCCUGCGAUCUGGGAGACAUAUUCUGUCAGAAGGAAGCCGGCUAGUGUCCCUGUCAGUGCAAGCCCCCCCGCCGGCUCCCACGCUCUGGCUGGAUCCCCCGAACAACGUGUAUCUCCCAGGGGAACGGGUCAACCUUAGCUGCUCAGCUCCCGGGGCCCAGGAAGUGACAGGCUACAGAUUCUACAAGCGACAGCCAGAGCAGGGCUCUGAGGAGCUGCCAGCGUCCCGGGGGGGACCCCGGUGGGAGAUCCGGGCUGCGGUGGGGGACGAAGGACCGUACACCUGCCGGUACUGGAGCAGGGGGCCCGGACGAGAGCUCCCCUCGGGGCUCAGCCAGCCCAUCGCCAUACGCGUGAUGGCCCCCCCGCCGGCUCCCACGCUCUGGCUGGAUCCCCCGAACAACGUGUAUCUCCCAGGGGAACGGGUCAACCUUGGCUGCUCGGCUCCCGGGGCCCAGGAAGUGACAGGCUACAGAUUCUACAAGCGACAGCCAGAGCAGGGCUCUGAGGAGCUGCCAGCGUCCCGGGGGGGACCCCGGUGGGAGAUCCUGGCUGCGGUGGGGGACGAAGGACCGUACACCUGCCGGUACUGGAGCAGGGGGCCCGGACGAGAGCUCCCCUCGGGGCUCAGCCAGCCCAUCGCCAUACGCGUGAUGGCCCCCCCGCCGGCUCCCACGCUCUGGCUGGAUCCCCCGAACAGCGUGUAUCUCCCAGGGGAACGGGUCAACCUUGGCUGCUCAGCUCCCGGGGCCCAGGAAGUGACAGGCUACAGAUUCUACAAGCGACAGCCAGAGCAGGGCUCUGAGGAGCUGCCAGCGUCCCGGGGGGGACCCCGGUGGGAGAUCCUGGCUGCGGUGGGGGACGAAGGACCAUACACCUGCCGGUACUGGAGCAGGGGGCCCGGAAGAGAGCUCCCCUCGGGGCUCAGCCAGCCCAUCGCCAUACGCGUGACGGAUCCCCCCAGGAAGCCCUCGGUGUCCCUGUCUCCGGACUAUCUGGCCUAUGUGGCUGGAGAACGGGUGGAAAUUAACUGCUUGGCUCCCCCCGGUGCCUCCCCGGUGGAGUACGGGCUCUACAAGAAUGGGGAGCCGGUAGGAUCCCUGCUGGGAGACACUGGGACUUGGCUGACGGAUCUUCAAGUCAAUGGCACCAGAAACGCCACCCGCUCCUUCUCCUGCAUCUACACGGAGCUGAUCCAGGGGAGGGCAGUGCCCUCCUAUGCCAGCGACCCCGUCUCCGUCUCCGUGUUCCUGGCGCUGGCCUCCCCGUCCCUCCGGCUCAUCCCGUCCCUGCCGCUCUACAUGACGGGGGAGACGGUGUCGGCCGAGUGCAUCAUCCCCAAUGGGACCUAUGUCCCCUCGGCCCACUGGGUGCUGCGAGACGGGAAGCCCCUUCCAGAACCGCCAGAGCCCCAGCUCCCCCUGAACGUCACCCCCAGCGACAGCGGGACCUACCGGUGUGGGUACAGCACAGAGCUCCAUGGGCGCCACCUCCGCUCACCGCUCAGCAACCCGGUGCCACUGAGCGUGACUGAUCCCCCUCCCCAGCCAGAGCUGAGCAUGGGUCCCCCGUCCGGAGUCGUGAGCGAAGGGCUCCCCCUGCUCAUCACCUGCAUGGCCCCCGGAAACACCAGUGAGAGGAGGUUUCACUUCUACAAGGACGGAGCUGAGAUCGUCCCUGGGGACACAGGGUCUGAGAUCAGCACCACAGAGCCCAGCACCGGCUCCAUGAACUUCUCUGUGCUCAGCAUCCCACGGGCUGGUCCCAAUAACGCUGGGGAAUUCAGCUGCGGGUACGAGGCGAACAUGGGCGGGAGGUGGAUCCCAUCCCCCAGGAGCCAGGCUGUGAACGUCACCGUGACAACCUGGUCUCUGCCCAUCCCCGUGGUGGCUGGGAGCGGUGGGGCUGCCAUGGCUCUGGCUCUGCUGCUGCUGCUCGUCUGCCUCUGCAGGAAGAAGAAGGCAGCUACCCACCGGCUCUCCACGUCCUACUGGAAGAGCCAGGAGCUGCGCCGGUCACGGAUAAUGAGACAGUCGACCGACAUCUCCGGAGUCAAUAUAUGUUUCCAGCAGACGACCAAGGGGGGCUGGCCCCAGGCAGCGUCCCAGGACUGGGGGCUGCUCCCCAAGCUCCCAGCAGAGGGGCCCAGGCCGGGGCGAGCGGCGGGGGGGGCAGCACCCCUUAAAGGCCAGAAGGAGGAAGACGACGCAGACUCCGGGGCUGAGUUUGAAUUCCCAGACAUCGAUCCAACGUACACGCAACUCACGUUCUCCUGCUCCACCUUCCGCCAGGGCCAGGGGCUCUCGGCCUCCCUGGAGCACGUGUGCAGCACCCCUGACCUGUGACCACGGCACCCCCCAGCCCCGACCCCUGCCACUGGGGAUUGCUCUCCAGCAACCUUCCUUCUGCACCCCACCGGCUGCAAGGGGCCUAGAGGUUACAGCAGCUGGGGGCCAGGACUCCUGGGUUCUAUCCCCGGCUCUGCAAGGGGACUGGGGUCUAGUGAUUAGAGCGGGGGGGGGGCUGGGAGUCAGGACUCCUGGGUUAUAUUCCCAGCUCAGGG